AUGGCUGCAAUUAGAAAGAAGGUGAGCUUUUGUUGAUCUUUGAGAAAAAGUUUAUUCGAAAAAAAAAUUUGAUUAAUUAAAAAGAAGAGUUUCCUAAUUAAAAAUAAUUGGUUUUUGUUUUCAGUUGGUUAUCGUCGGCGAUGGUGCUUGUGGUAAAACAUGCUUAUUGAUUGUGUUCAGUAAGGAUCAAUUCCCAGACGUAUAUGUACCGACUGUAUUCGAAAACUAUGUCGCUGAUAUUGAAGUCGACGGUAAACAGGUUAGUAACAUUUGAGACAUAGUUUUUUUUUAGUUUACAAUAUCCAAUAUUUCAGGUUGAAUUAGCACUUUGGGAUACAGCUGGACAAGAAGAUUAUGACAGACUUCGUCCACUUUCAUAUCCAGACACUGAUGUUAUUCUAAUGUGUUUUUCAAUUGAUUCUCCAGACUCACUUGAGAAUAUUCCAGAAAAAUGGACACCUGAGGUAGGUUUUUUGAAUAGAAUUCAUUGGCUUCAAGUCUAUCAUAAAUGUUUUUUCUAGGUUCGACAUUUUUGCCCGAAUGUGCCCAUAAUUUUGGUAGGAAACAAAAAGGAUUUGAGAAGCGAUCCACAGACAGUUAGAGAAUUGGCCAAAAUGAAACAAGAGCCAGUGAAACCAGAACAAGGACGAGCGAUUGCCGAACAAAUUGGUGCUUUCGCAUAUUUGGAAUGUUCAGCGAAGACGAAAGACGGAAUUCGUGAGGUAAGCAUUUUUUCUGAGAAAAAUGAUUACGUAGUAGCACUUUCAAUAUACGGUAGUGCUAUAUUGUCGUUGGAACUACAAUUUCAUAUAAAAAUACAAAAUUCUUGUUUUUUGCAGGUCUUCGAAAAAGCCACACAAGCCGCGCUUCAACAAAAGAAAAAGAAGAAGAGCAAAUGCAUCAUUUUGUAA